AUGGUGGUACCAACGAUGGAUAGCCUACCGAGGGUGCCGGACACCCACGGUGACACCGUGGACGAGAAAGUAUUUUCCGACCUGUACAUCCGAACCAGCUGGUUCGAUGCAACGAUAGCACUCGAUCAAAUAGAAAAGGGUAAAGCUCGGGGGAGAAGGUCCUCGGUGUACAUGCGUUCCCUGUUCCAGCAAUAUCUUUACAACCUAGGCUGUUCGAUACAGAAGCACGCCGGCAAGGUGUUAUUCGUGGCGAUACUGGUGCUCAGCACGUUCUGCGUCGGGUUGAAAUCGGCAACGGUACACUCGAAGGUGCACCAGCUAUGGAUACAGGAGGGUGGAUCGCUCGAGCAUGAGCUCGCCUACACGCAGAAAUCGCUCGGCGAGAUGGACUCGUCGACGCACCAGCUGCUGAUACAGACACCAAAGGAUAUGGACGCGUCGAUACUGCACCCGAACGCGUUACUAACGCACCUGGACGUGGUGAAGAAGGCGAUAUCGGUGACGGUGCACAUGUACGACAUAACGUGGAGCUUGAAGGAUAUGUGCUACUCACCGAGCAUACCUAGCUUCGAUACGCACUUCAUCGAGCAGAUCUUCGAGAAUAUUAUUCCGUGUGCGAUCAUAACGCCCCUCGACUGCUUCUGGGAGGGUAGCAAACUGCUUGGCCCCAAGUAUCCCGUGCAUAUACCUGGACAAACGAACAAAGUGCAGUGGACGUCACUGAAUCCGCAAACGUUGCUGAAAGACAUCAAGGCACAGAACUAUCAGUUUCCGUUCGAAACGCUGGAACAGUACAUGAAGCGGGCCGGUAUCAGUACGGGCUACACGGAAAAACCUUGCCUCAACCCGAAGGAUAAACAGUGUCCGGAAACGGCACCGAACAAAAAGUCCGGCCAGGUGCCGGACAUUGGUGCGAGUUUAACCGGUGGUUGCUACGGAUUCGCGGCGAAGUAUAUGCACUGGCCGGAAGAGCUGGUGGUUGGUGGGGCGGUGCGCAAUCGAACCCAUCAUCUAAAGUCGGCCAAAGCGUUGCAGACCGUGAUCCAGCUGAUGGGCGAACGGGAGCUGUACGAUUACUGGAACAACCAUUACAAGGUGCACCAUAUCGGGUGGAACCCGGAGAAGGCGGCGGAGGUGUUGAAUGCGUGGCAGAAGAAGUUUUCCGCUGAGGUCAACAAAAUCAUGCAAACGGAAGUGAAGCCACUGUCGUACUAUGGCGUGUACGCGUUCUCGUCGGCAACGCUGGACGAUAUCCUGGGGAAACAUUCGAACCCGAACCCGAUCAGCCUCGGUAUCGGUAUUGCGAUCAUCUUGCUCUACACCGCCUGUACGCUUUUGCGCUGGAAGGAUGGGAUUAAUGGACAGAGUGGCGUCGGUGUGGCGGGUGUGCUGCUGAUCACGGUUACAACGGCCGCCGGGUUGGGCUUCUGUGCAUUGCUCGGUAUUGCGUUCAAUGCCGCCACCACGCAGGUGAUACCAUUCCUAGCGCUCGGGCUCGGUGUCGAUCACAUCUUCGUGCUGACGCAUGCGUACGCCGAGCGGGACACGAGCGAACAAACUGGUCAGGUGCUGAAGAAGGCGGGCUUGAGUGUACUGUUUGCCGGUGCCUCCACCGCUGGAUCAUUCUUCGCGGCCACCCUCAUCCCGGUGCCGGCAUUGCGUGUGUUCUGCUUUCAGGGCGCCAUCCUGACGGUGUUCAAUCUGGCCGCAGUGCUGCUAGUAUUUCCGGCCAUGAUCUCACUCGAUCUGCGCCGUCGACGUUCCGGGCGUGCGGAUGUGCUGUGCUGCUGUCUGCCGGCGCUUCCAAACACUACGCACGACCUGAACAAACAACGCUACCAUUACCACCAGCAAACGCAACAGCCGCAGUCGCAGCAGCAGCAGCAGCAAACACCGGCCCAAUCGCAGAACGCUGCCGAAGCACAGCGACAGGAGGAAGACUCACUGAUUGAGUGUCAGUCGAAGGCAUGCCUCAGCUUUUCGCUGUCCCGGUUUGCGAUGAAACAUUACGCACCCUUUCUAACGCGCAGCUCGGUGAAGGUGUUCGCCAUGUUGCUGCUGUCCGGCAUUCUCGGUGUGUCACUGUUUGCCUCGAUGAAGCUACCGGAUGGGCUGGAACUGACGGAUCUGGUCCCGCAAAACACGAACGAGCAUCGGUUCCUGAGCGUGCAGGGUAAGCUGUUCGGGUUCUACAGCAUGUUCGCGGUCACGCAGGGUGACUUCGAAUAUCCGAACAAUCAGAAACUGUUGCACGAAUAUCACGAAGCGUACGUACGGGUUUCGCACGUGAUCAAGAACGAUAAUGGUGGCCUGCCAGACUUUUGGCUCAGCCUGUUCCGGGAUUGGUUGAUUAAUCUGCAGCGUGCUUUCGAUCGGGAUUAUCGCGAGGGUCGCAUCACCCAGGAACGGUGGUAUACGAAUGCAAGCAAUGAUGCGAUCCUGGCGUACAAGCUGCUCGUGCAGACGGGGCACGUCGAUAACCCGAUCGACAAGAGCCUUGUGACGCAGGUGCGGCUGGUCGAUUCGGAGGGUGUGAUCAAUCCGGAAGCGUUCUACAACUAUCUUUCCGCUUGGGCUUGGAACGAUGUGCUUGCUUACGGUGCAUCACAGGGUAAUCUGCGACCGGAGCCCCGCGAAUGGUUCCACACACCGUCCGAUUUUGAGCUGAAAAUUCCGAAGAGUGCACCGUUAACCUACACGCAGCUACCCUUCUAUCUGCACGGGCUGAGCGAUACGGCCGAUAUCAAGACGAUGAUCAGCCAGAUACGCGAACUGUGCUCCAAGUUCGAAGCACGCGGUCUGCCAAACUAUCCCUCAGGCAUUCCAUUCAUCUUCUGGGAACAGUACAUGAAUCUACGACCGGGACUACUGAAAGCUAUCGGGUGUGCCCUGCUGGCGGUGUUUGUUUCCGUCUCGCUAUUGCUGCUAUCAGUCUGGGCCGCCCUAUUGAUCGUGUUUAAUGUGGUGAUGAUGCUGAUACAGCUGCUCGGUGUGAUGAUUCUGCUUGGCAUCAAGCUGUCGGCAAUACCCGCCGUCAUACUGAUCGCAAGUAUUGGAUUAGGCGUGGGAAUAACCGUGCAUGUGUCGCUGGGUUUUAUCACAUCGAUCGGAAACCGGGAUAGACGCGUCAAGCUAGCCUUGGAGCAUUCGUUCGCUCCGAUCGUACAUGGUGUGGUAACGUCCGCACUAGCUAUAUUUAUGCUCUCCACAUCCUCGUUUGAGUUUGUCGUGCGACACUUCUUCUGGUUGCUUCUCUCGGCGAACGUCAUUGGAGCCCUCAACGGACUGUUCUUCUUCCCCAUCCUGCUAAGCUUAGUCGGUCCGGGUGCAGAAAUUAUACCGCUCCAGUAUGCCAACCGUAUCUCGACACCGUCGCCACCACCGAAGCGCAUCAACAAACUAUCGAGCGGGAAGCCGAUCGUGUUGAACAACAAACGAUCAUCGUGUUCGCGCAGCUGCUCGAAACCGCAUCACCAUCACAAGCACAACAAUGUUAACCUGAGCAACGAACCAUCGCUAACGACCAUCACCGAAGAGCCCCAGUCGUGGAAGAGUUCCGCUUCAUCCAUUCCUUCCAUUCAUGAAAAGACUACCGGUGGAUCGGUCGGACAUCAUAGACCGUCGGUUGGUUUGGUGGGUGGAGUUGGUGGUGGAGUGCCGUCCGGGACUUCUCUCGGGGGUAGCAUAAUGAGUGAUGGUAAUCUUAGCGGUGUCGGUGGUGUGUAUAGUCAUCCACAUGCGCACCAUUACCAUCACCACCAUCACCAGCAGGCACCGGAACUGCAGAGCAUUGUGUUGCAGCCGGAAGUGACGGUCGAGACGCACCAUCAUGGUGGCGAACACCAAAACACCAAGGUAACGGCGACGGCCAACAUCAAGGUGGAGCUGGUAACGCCGGGUCGUGGCGCCAGGAUGAUGCACACGACGGCCAGCAGUACCAGCAGUAAUGCGAGUAGCACCGGUAGUACUACGAGCAGUACGGGAAGUUCCGGUAGUGCUAGCAGCUAACAACUCUCAGACUGAGGUGUGGGAAUGAACGCGAGUGUCGGGAUAGGAGUAAUGCACCAACGAAUACUAUACCUGUAGCAUAAUAUAAGCGUGUAGAAAACGGCAAACGCCGAGUGGUAGUGGCAAGAAAACUAGACCAAUCUCUAACCAAUCGAACGAACCAAUUCACACAUCAAAUCAAAACCAUUCGAGAGAGCCCCUUAGAGCAUUUUCGCUUAGCAUCGUAAUAGAAACAGAUAAAAUUCAUUAUAAGAACAAUUUCAUUUCAUCCCACCACCAUUUACCUUGCUUCCCCCAUCAAUCCAUCUCCUACUGGCGGCAAAAGAGAGGUGUGUAAAUAGCAUAAGGAGAGAAGUUUUUCUAUAUAAAGAGAAGAAGACAAUCAUUAUUUAUUUUUCCCAACACUCCCCCCGCGCACGCGAAACACACACGUUAAUUAAUUUUCUCCAUCGAUGGUGAAGAACAAUUUCAUUAGCUUUUUUUUGAGGAGGGAACCAAGUGACAAGCAGACAGAUAGACAGCAAGUAUUAUCGUAGUGUGCGCGUAGUGCAGUGCACCAACAUGACAUGGAGUUUGUCCUAGUAUGCAUUGACAAUUAAUUCGCAAAGAGAGCGCGAGAGAGAGGAAGAAUGUGUGUGAGAGGGAGAACGACACUAUCGCAUCUCUCUUACAUUUCACUCAUACACUGAACUGUGUCACUUACAGUAAGGAUGCUGUGUAAAUAGUAUUUCCCAGGAUUAAACAUAUUGCUAGCAAGCGUCAUUCUAUUGUCUAUAAGUGGAAAACAAAAUGUGUAACAAAACAAACGAAUAAUGGGGCUAUUAAAAGUGUAUUGCAAAGAUAGAGAAAAGGAUAAAAAAAGAAGAAGGAAAGAGAAAAAAAAUAUAAAAUCACUCAAAGUCAGAAUGAAACCAAUCAGUACUUAAAUGUGUAGUAAUUUGCGUUAGGUAAGGGGAGCUAAUGCUAAGAAGCUAAGGAGAUGAAGAAACUGCCUGGACGGAAAAAAUCGUUUAGACUAGUGUUUUAUUUUUGUUUUUAUUCAGAAAUAGUGAAGAAACCUCACAUACACAUUCAAAUACAAAAACACGUUCAUUGUUAAACACACUCACACACACAUUCAUGUAUACCGCAAAAGUAUCAAAGACACAAGCCAAACCGAUUUUAAGAGAAACUGAAACGGACGGAAACGAAGAAGACAACGAAAGGAAAAAAUGAAACACUCCCAACGAUGCUGUAACAGAGAAAGAAGAAAGAGAAAACAAACAGUAACGAAAAAAAGGAAAAGGAGACGUGUUUUAUGCAAACGACAGUAACAUAAAAGCUGAACAACACAAAAACGCAAAACACACACAUAAAUGCGCUUGGUACAGUAACUAGCGAGUAAAGUUUAAACACAUCCCACCUGGUUUUGAUGCAAAUUUAACAAUAUGGUAAAUUUAGGUAAGGAAAUUGUAAAAUAGAAUACAAAAAAAGGAAGUGCAUGUAAGCAGUUACGAAAGGUGGGAAAGGUAGUAAGAAUGGAAUUUGAAAAUACUAAAUUUAACGCAGGGUUACCAUAAGGUGGAAAGAGGGAGAGAGAGAAAGAGAGAGAGAGAGAGAGAGAAAGAGAGAGAGAAAGAGAGAGAGAGAGAGAGAGAGAGAGAGAGAAUGACAAAACGGAAGCGGCAGGUUACAUUGCAAUAAAAGGAAACAAAACGUG